AUGUCUGUUGCAACUCAACUUCCACCAGGUGCCGUACCCAAGUUGGAUGCCAUCCUCAAUAGUAAAAUCAAGUUUGAUGUGGAGGACGACCCUAUGAGCGUCUGGGACAAGGGCGUGUUUCUCAACGAACUUCUAAGACAAGGAAUCGUGCUUAGUACCGAUGAUGACGGUUCUCUCGAUGGUGGGAUCACUGCCAAAAACGGGCUCAAGAAGGGCACAUACACGGGCACUCAGACGGCACUGACUGCACUUUAUAGUAUAAUCGAGGGAUCUGCUGCAGCUCACUUCCACUCGAAAGGCUUCGAGCCCAUCUUCCCCAUGGAGCGAGAUCUGGAACUGAAGCAAAAGAUAUAUAUGUGGAGCGAUGGAACAGACGGUUAUCCUCCCCAUUUACUGGCACUACCUCCCGAUCAGAAAGAAAAUGCGCCAGGUGUUGGGACUAUCUUCAACCUUGGUGUAAAGGAUUUCCUUGAAACUGUUUCGACCGCGUUCUCUUUUCUCGUUCCAGGCAGCAUCACUCACGACGAGACGCCAUAUGCAGGACCGACUCUAGCCGAUUGCGAAAAGUUCAACCGCGAACACCCAAGUCCAAGGACGGAUAUCAUGGAGGGUAGGAACCUUGGCGACGAAGCUGACUGGUAUUCGGAUGCCCGGUUUGCUCAGCAACAUCUGAGUGGCGUCAACCCCUGCACCAUCAAAACGGCUCCAGCAGAGAAGGUAGAAGAAUAUAUCGACGAAGCAGGCAGGCAGGGACUUGAAGACAUGAGGAAGCUGCUAUCGGAGGGCAAGGACCUGCUCAUCCAAGACUACUCAUACUUUCGUGAAGCUACUGGCUUGAGCAACGAACAAACGUUCCAAAACGUUAUCCCGGAAAUGGACGAGAACAGAAAGCCCACUGGAAAAAUGGUCAUGCGGUAUGCUUGUGCGUCAGUUGUCGUUUUCCAGCUCGGCUCCGAUGGACGUCUUCACCCACUGGCCAUCACUGUGGAUUAUAAAGGCGGUCUAGACAAGUCCAUUACCAUCUUCAAUCGGCGACUGAGUCUUGACGAGAAGCCAGACGUUGAUGAGAAAGACGACUGGCCUUGGAGGUAUGCCAAAACGUGUGCCCAGACCGCUGAUUGGGCGAGGCAUGAGAUCGCAACUCACUUGGUCGACACGCACCUAGUGGAGGAGGCCAUUAUUGUCGCAACGAACCGAACCAUUCCUGAGAAACACCUGUUGUAUGAGGUCUUGAGCCCACAUUGGUACAGGACCCUCGCAUUGAAUUCUGCAGCCCGCAAAACCCUGGUCCCCGCUGUCAUUGCUCGAAUUUCAGGACUUGGGCCUUCGAUCAACCCGGUAACAAGCCGUGCAAUGACAAUGAUCAACUGGUCAUACAAAAAUUUCAACUUCCAGGACAAGUACAUUCCGAAUGAUCUCAAGAAACGAGGAUUUGAUCUCGAAGCGGAGACUCCGAACAAGUAUCGCAACUAUCCGUACGCCACCGACAUGCACUUACUUUGGGGUGUAAUUCGCGAAUUUGUGAAGUCCGUUCUUGGGACCAAGUACAAGUCUGAUCGGGAUGUUCAAGCUGAUCAUUGCAUUUCGGAUUGGUACAAGGAGAUCCAGACGAGUGGUCAACUCACCAGCUUCCCAACCAUCACCACUGUCGAUCAACUCAUCGAUGCUGUUACCAUGUGCAUUCAUACAGCUUCACCACAGCAUACUGCAGUAAAUUAUCUCCAGGACUAUUACUACAGCUUCGUGCCAUCCAAGCCGCCUGCCCUCUGUGCACCCUUGCCAAAGGACCUCAAGACAUUGCAGGCGUACACAGAGAAGGACCUCACCGCAGCGCUUCCUAUAGGUACCGACGGCCCAAAAUGGAAAGAUUGGCUGCUCGCCGCCCAAAUGCCCGAGCUGCUCAGUUUCAAGGUUGAGGGCGACUACAACUUGAUCACGUACGCCAAGUCAAUCUACAAUGUCAACAAGAACCGGACAAAUUCUGAAAACACAGCAUUCGCAUCUGAAGCUAUAAAGGAUGCUGCGAGAAGAUUCUAUAGCCAUUUGAAGGAGCUGCAAGAGAUCUUUAAACUUGUUUCGGCAAAUCAGACUGACGGAACGAUCGAGUACAAGGUUUUGCAACCAGAAUACACCGCUGUCUCAAUCUUGAUUUGA